AUGAGUGAUUCGAACGCUACAAUUGAAGAUCCUACAUUGUACCAGGCCGAGGGUACACCGCUUGCUGCCAACUCUACAGGUUCCGAUGAGGUCGUUGACAUAGCCGGGUGGGAUACGCCAGAGCACGAGAAUAAUGGGGGGGGAAUUGAGGCCGAUGCGGAAGAAAGAGCCAGGAAGCUCUCACCAUGCGCUGACAAGAUGAACAUGUCGUCUCCAUACAGUCAACUAGGGACGAUUGAGAGACUGGGUGCCUUGGCUAAUCAACUCAGCUGCAGACUAAGCCGUCUUGAGGGGAAAGUUGAUAGCCUUGAAAAGGCCAAUCGCUAUAUUAUGGCUCAGCUAGGGAAGUUUGACGAUAGGGCUAAUAACCUGGAAGAGAAUUGGGGAGACACAAGAGACAUUAUUGGGCUAUUGCAAACCGAAAUUGAUAGCGUCAAGAAAGGGAUCAAUGAAGUAUCAGACCGCGGAGAUGAACGGGUGGGAAAGGCUGGAAAGAAGAAUACAGCAUCCGCGAGGAAAAGGGUACGUGGAGCUUGAAGGUGGACAAGUUUGCAGAAUUGG